GUGUUUACAACGUCCUUCGAUUAUGCACAGAAUCCCGCGUUUUAGUGAAUGUAAGGUCGCCCUGUUGUUUGGCCAUCACAACAGUGAAUCCUUUACAAGCAAGUUUGUUUUCACAAAGUGAAUGUAGUAUCUAAAUUAGUUAGCUCGUAAAUGUGACCGUGGUGAAGAAGAAAUGAAAGCAAGCCGUCCCUUCAAAAUGCAUCUCCUAGAUUUGCCAGGGACUGAUAUUAUUUUGAAAAUCAUAGGCUAUCUUUCACCGACAGACUGGUUGCAUUUUCGAAUUGUCUGUAAAGAAACCUAUUUUCUAGUCCAUGAAUAUUUUAAAUAUAUGAAGUACCUUAAUGUUUCACAUCACCAAGUGUUUCCACAAUCCCUGUGUCAGAUUUUGCCUCACCAAUGUCAGAGUCUGCAAUUUUUCAAAAUACCAAAUUCCAGUGCAUUCAAUGAUGAAGCUGUAAAAAAUAUUCUACAAAAUAAUCACAAUUUAAGUCAUCUGGACCUGUCGAAUAGUAAUCUUAAAAAUGGAGCUCUCCAGCCACUGGUGGUUAAUUGCAAAAAAUUAGAAAACAUUCUGCUGAAGAACUGUCUUUGGUUAACUAUAGGAGCUAUUGAAAUCUUAGCCUUUCAUUAUCCAGAAGCAAUCAAGGUAGUGGACUUUGGUGGCUGCACAGGGAUCAGUGAAGCAUCAAUAAUUUUUGUUAAAAGACAGCCAAAACUGAGAUCAUUAUCAUUGAGUGAUCUAUCUUGUCUUCAGGAUGAAACCUUAGUUGUAAUUUCUCAGUCAUGCCCACAACUUGUCUACCUUGACAUAAGUAGAUGUUGCAGGAUCACAGAUUCUGGAAUCAAAAAAUUUGGCGAGUAUUGUAACACUAUACGUACGCUGAAGGUGGAUGGUUGUCCAGAGGUCAGCGAGCGUGGUUUGUCCAGUUUGAGAUUACGUGGUGUUUGGAUCGACAAGGUACAAUAUCCCUCUUACUUAUUACAUCGUCUGAAUCAAAUUCAAACGUGGCCACGGACUCAGCUGUAAAUUCUUUCAGCAGAGAUUUCAUUAUGUGCAUUCCUACUUUCCUAAGUAUUACUGUACGUUAAUCUUUGGUCUGAUGCUCGUGCUGAUGAUCGCGUGUAAUGUUCUUAUAGAAAUGGAACUAACAAGUCUUAGUUUGUAAAGCGGAUUGAAAUGUUUCCAAUUUUUUCGUGCCAAAUCAGAACAUUUCCGCGAACUCUCAAAAACCAUCCGACUUCUUGCUAUUGAUUCCCUUCUCUGGCACCAUAGGAGAUAAAAAAAAAACUUUCAAUCAUUGUAAACCUAGCUAAAGCUUGUAUAGCAAGGAUUGUAAAGGUUACAAUUCGACACUAUCAAGCAUCUGUAGAUUCUCUCCACACCUCUUGUACGUCGAUUACCUAAAUCGUGUUUGUUUUUUGUCCCUACCGUGAAAUCCCCCAAAAGUUAAUUAUCGAUACCUAAAAUCGGUAAAAGUCGGGUAGCUAGAUUCUUUUUUUAUUAUCCGUAGAUUAGUGUGUUUUAAUAAAAUAUCAAUUUGCGAA